AUGUAUAGUUCUUCGUUCUCAGUGACACUCCUCUUCGCCUACUUAGCCUGGCUGGCCGGGCCAGUAACUGCCCACGGCGACAAAGACCAUAAUCAUGGGUAUGAACAAUCAUACGAUGCAAUUAAUUCCACUGGGAACUGGGAGUAUCAGAAAAGAGAAACACAUCUAUUUCCAUGCCAAUAUACCAUUGGCCCCAGUUGCUCUUCUCGAGAUCAGAGCAUCAUAAAUGCCGAGCUCACUGUCGCUGCCAGCAUGGCCUCAUACGCCCAAGCAAACCUUGAUUCCACCAUCGGCGCCCUCUAUACCUCUGCUUUCAUCCCAUCGGAUCUCAUUUCCGGUGCUAACAUCAUUACGCAGCUUGCGAACGAAUACGGUAAUGUUGUCGCUAUGAAAGAUGGCUCUAACUGUGAAUUUACUGUGACAUGUGACGAUACCAACAAAUAUUGUACAGAUGGCUAUUACGCCUACAUGUCAGACACUUCGCGGAAUUCUGGUACCAUGAAUCUCUGCUCUGCAUGGUUUGACAUCACGGGGACACCGGCGGCCAACCUCAAAAACAUUAAUGAAAGUGAGAAGUAG